CUCCGAACCGCCACGCUUCCCGCCCAGCCCGAACCGCAGGGGGCCGAUGGGAAGGUGGAUGGCAUCUGGGUCGCCUACGGGGCCGAAGAACCUCGGAAACGAAGGGGCGCGCAGAAGGCUGCGAUGGAGAAUAUGUACGACAAGGGCGAGGAAGAGGGGGACGGAAUGGUGGUUCGAUUCAAAGCCUCGGCCAGGCAUCUCUCUUCUUCGUCGCCCUUCUUCCGAGCGCUACUCCUGAGCGGGUUCAGCGAAAGCAUCAAAUUCAAGGCGGAAGGGUCCGUCGCAGUCUCCACCAAACAGUGGGAUGCGGAUGCGUUUCUAUAUGUACUGAAGAUCCUGCACUGUAAGCACCACGAACUGCCCCGCCAGGUGGAUCUCGACAUGGUGGCCAAGGUGUGCGUAGUUGGAGAUUUCUAUGGCUGCCAGGAUGCGGUGCGCUUUGCGACGCAAUGUUGGAUCACCAAGUUGAAGCCGGUGCCCAACAACAAAUAUCGUCCGCUGUUGCUCUGGCUGUGGAUUACCUUCUUUUUUAGAAUGCCGGCGUCAUUCAAUGAGGUCACGUCGAUCAUCAUCACACAGGGCAAGGGCGUGAUUGGAACCCUGGGACUCCCGAUCCCGGCCCCGAUCAUGGGCGCUAUCAAUAACCGCCGUCGGGAAGCCAUCACGGACCUGGUCAACCAUAUCCACGAGGAGCAUGAGCGAUAUACUAGUGGGGAUCUGGGCUGCAGCUUUGAGUGCGGGUCAAUGAUGGCUGGCGGGAUCGACAGGAACCUGAAAUUUUACAAGCUGCGUCCAGUUGACGGGUUUGAGGCCCCCUACCACAACCACAGCUACAUGUCGGUCGUCCGCACCAUCGAGAUGUUUACAACCCCACGCUGGUACGAUGUCACCUCGACCUACAGCAGUUACGGCUACCAGUAUACAGCCCAUCAAUGCCACGACUCGACCUAUGCCUCUCUGCGGGAUGGCUGGAACGGGCAUCUGGAUGGGUUGGAACUGAAGGAUUUUGUCAAAUUGCGAUGAUGCCCGCCGGUUCUCCGUUGACUUGGAGGCUCGAGAGUGCGAGAUGUGAGAUGGGACAUGGGAGAGGUGAGAUGGGAGAAUGGGUUAUCUGUCCGCUAGUUCUGAUUUCUGAUGUAUUGCUGAGC